GUGAUGACCUGUAUGACGUCACGCUGACAGACUGGGACUGCAGGCUCCGUGUGACUCUGGAUCCUGGUCUGAACCGGCUGGUGGAGAGAAACGUCCUGCGGGCCGGAUCAACGCUGCGUAACGCCACCUUCACGCCCACCAUGACCGCUCAGCUCCCAGCAUGCACCGGGGCGUCCGCGGAUGGAGACGGCUACAGACUGGUGAGCGUGGAGGUCACAGCUGGAGCUCCAGGUGAGGCAGAGGAUGAAGGACUCAGGAGGGUCCAUGUGGACUCUCUGUCCUGGUUUGGAUCCUCGGGACCAGCAGGUCCUCUGGUUCCUCUGAGAGCCAAUAGGAGCGUGUUCCUCCCUCUGUGGAACAACGUGGACUACAGCGGGGGGGUGUGGAGGGAAGCUCCUCCCACUGAGGAAGAGGAGGAGGAGGAGGAGGAGGAGGGAGCUCAACCUCCCGCUGUGACCGUGUCCCAGCUGCGGGACUCCUUCCUGAUUGGUCGACGGGGCGUUGCCAGGGGCGUUGCCAGGGGCGUCGUCCACCAUCAGCUGAUCGUACGCAUCAUCAACAAGUCACACCUGAUGUAUUAUGGGAAAACAGACCAGAACUGCCGUGUUGGAGGUGUGUGACCGGACAGGAAGUGUGUGUGUGGUGUUGUGGAACAGUGUGUGCUUCGGCUGGUAUCGCCGCCUGAAGCCUGAUGACAUCAUCAACCUGAGACGCUAC